CGCACAUAGGGUCAAAGGUGGCGCUGUCGCCCUGGCGACCAUUUCCCAGCUCCGUGGCGCCGAGAGCUAAGCCUUCCUCGGGAGAAAUACGGGGCCAAGGAGCUUAGGCCAUGUCGGUCGCCGCACCCUUCUCAAAGCGCACGUCCUUCUCUGCGGUCGAAGGGUUACCUGAGACUGAGAAGAACGCUGGAGAGUCCGAGAAUACCUAUAUUCUGCGGCCCAUUUUCCAGCAAAGGUUCAGACCCUCUGUGGUUAGAGACCGUAUCCAUGCUGUGCUCAAGGAGGAACUGGCAAAUGCUGAAUACUCUCCAGAAGAAAUGCCUCAGCUCACAAAACGUUUAUCAGAAAAUAUUAAAGAUAAAUUAAAAGAAAUGGGAUUUGACCGAUAUAAAAUGGUGGUGCAAGUAGUGAUUGGAGAACAAAGAGGGGAAGGUGUAUUCAUGGCUGCUCGCUGUUUCUGGGAUGCUGACGCUGACAACUGUACUCAUGAUGUUUUCAUGAAUGACAGUUUAUUCUGUGUUGUAGCGGCAUUUGGCUGUUUCUACUAUUGAAUCUUUGAAAGCUGGAAAAAGAUAUGACCAUGAAGAAAUAUGAAGUUUUUUAUAUUGUUAAAUAUCUUGACAAAAUAAAGUUGGCAGUUUGGCAACGGA